GUGCCUUUUUGCAAUUCACUAAAAAUCAGAAAACCAGUCAACAUUAUUACGACUACUUUUUCCGACGCUCUCUCCCUCCACCGAUGGCGAUUCCGGUAACUUCAACCGUACUAAUCGCCGUCGUGAUAACCCUAUCUACGAUGGCGCACUUGACGGAAUCAAGCAGCGACAACAACCGCAUAUUCUCACCGUGCGCCGAUGCAACCGUAGAAAAGUCCGACGGUUUCACUCUCGGAAUCGCUUUUGCGUCGAGAUCUGCGUUUUUCUUCAACAAAUCUGUUCAGUUAUCGCCGUGCGAUCGGAGGCUCUCUCUGUCUUCUGCGAACUCACAGCUGUCGGUUUUCCGACCUAAGGUCGAUGAGAUAUCUCUCCUCACCGUCAAUUCCAGUAGCUUUUCGCCGGAUUUAUACGGUGGGUACAUGGUGGCCUUUGCUGGUAGAAAAUACGCUGCAAGGUCUCUCCCUGCUUUCGUUGCAAACAAUACAUACAUCGUCACAAGCUUUACACUGGUUCUUGAAUUUCAAAAGGGUAGGCUACAGAAUUUAUACUGGAAGAGAGACGGGUGUUCUUCGUGUUCGGGCAAAAGCAACUUUGUGUGCCUUAACAAUCAAGAUUGUGCAAUGAGAACCAGUUCUUGUAAGACGAAAAACGGAAAUGUCGACUGUAGCAUCGGAAUACAACUUGCAUUUUCUGGGACAGAUAAACAUGCAUCUGUUUUCAAUUCAUGGUAUGAAGUCAAAAACCUUCGACAAUACUCGCUUUUUGGUUUGUACAAAAAUCUUAAGGGUUCUCUUACUAACCAAUACAACAGCUUUUUUUAACUUUGUGUGUGUGUGUGUGUGUGUGUGAAUGUGAGUGUCCAAUUUAUUCAUUUUUUUAUUUUAUAACAAUGUAUUAAUUUGUGGGGUUAUUGAAGACAUGAAGAUGUGAUAUUGUAUAUGGUAUUUUGUCUUUAUUAGUUAA